GCUAUGUUUCCACAUCUAACACAGCAGCUUCGUCAACUAGUGAUCUAUCCCAAUCAUACUAUGGAUACGAUUAUACAGCAUACUCUUCUAAUGUUCCAUAUCAAAACACAAAUAGCGGCACUUACGAUGGCUAUGAUUAUUCUUCAUAUGGUAGUAGUAAUUAUUAUUAUCCUACGACAGGAGUGUCCUCUGCACCAAAAGCAUCUACAGCUACUGUGGUUGAAGCACCUCCAGCCAUUGUAAACACAUCCGUUUCCAUGUCUUCAGGCAAAUCUGGAAUUAUGCAUCAGCAAGAUAGAGGAAUGAGUUCUGGUAUCCAUCAACCAAAAGAUGAUAUUGUGAGUGGGCAUCUUGAUAUGCAAAGUGGUAUUAAUAAGCAAUCCACUUCAAAAAAGAAACCAAAGACAAUUAUUAGAGCUGCAGGAGGUGAAGUUUGGGAAGAUCCAACAUUACUAGAAUGGGACAUUAAUGAUUUUCGCUUAUUCUGUGGUGAUCUCGGCAAUGAAGUGACAGAUGACAUCCUUUACAAAGCGUUUAGUAAAUAUCCCUCUAUACAAAAGGCCAAGGUUAUCCGGGAUAAACGAACUAAUAAGAGUAAGGGAUACGGAUUUGUUAGUUUUAAGGAUGCGGAUGAAUUUGUCAAAGCGUGGAAGGAAAUGAACGGAAAAUAUGUAGGUAAUAGACCCAUAAAAUUACGAAAAAGUACAUGGAAAGAAAGGAACAUAGAUGUCAAAAAUAAAAAACACCAUCCUUACAGAUAA